UCACAUUAUAUACCCUCCUCAAAGCCACGCCUCUCUUCUACCUUCACCACCCUCUCUCUCUCUCUCUCUCUCUCUCUCUCUCUCUCUCUCUGAAGUGAAUGUGCCGAAGAUGAGCUGCAAUGGCUGCCGGAUUCUUCGAAAGGGUUGCAGCGACAACUGCAUGCUUCGACAAUGCCUGCAAUGGAUAGACACCCCCCAAGCCCAAGCCCACGCCACCGUCUUCGUCGCCAAGUUCUUCGGCCGUGCCUGCCUCAUGUCCUUCAUCUCCAACGUCGCCGAUUGCCAACGACCUGCUUUGUUUCAGUCUUUGCUAUAUGAAGCGGUGGGAAGGACGGUGAAUCCGGUGAACGGAGUGGUGGGGCUGCUCCAGACGGGGAACUGGCACGUGUGCCAGGAGGCGGUGGAGACGGUUCUCCGAGGUGGCACUUUACGGGCCAUACCAGAGUUUGUAGGCGGCGAAGUUUCUAACGUGGCAGAGACGUCAGAUGUUGAUCAUCAUCAUCGUCAUCAUGGUUCAGAAGCCCACGGUGAGCAGUUGUACGUUAGUCCACUGGAUCUUGAUCUUUGCUUGACAGCCAGUUUGAAUGCGAGAAUGGAAGAAGUAGGUGGUGGAAGGAAGAGGAGGCGGAGUAGUACUACUGCAAGAGAAACGACGCCGUCGGAGGAGUCUGAAACGACGACGUUGGGAAGUAAUUAUUAUUCUUCAGGUGGUGGUAGAGAGGCCGGAGGUGAUCAUCAAAGAAAGACUCUGAAAUUAUUCGUUUCAUGAAUGUAUUUGCUUUUUCUAUGUUUCUUUCUCUCUCUUUUUCUUUUUCUCUCUUUUUAAUUAAGGUUUAAUUAGCUAAUAGGAGUAUAAUUAAUUAAUCAAUCUUGACUUCCCUUGUAUCAAGGUCCGGCGAGUUUCGGGAUUUAGGCACAGAUUUCUCACUUUUGUUUUUUCCCAAGGAGAGAGAUUAAUUAUGAGUUGUUAACAUAAUAAACUUUAUGGAUAUUGAUAAAAGAAAAAGAUCAGCUUCUUCCUUAA